CCAAACCAAACCCGACACACCCGAUCGUGUACGGUUCAAAUCAUCUUAUUACAAGCUCUUCUUCCCUUCGCAAAUUCACAGAAAAGAAAUCAGCUUCAAUGCAAUACCUAAAAUAAUUCAGAGGGAGGGAGAGAGAAGGAAGCGCGCGAGGAACGUACGCUCAGAGAGAGAGAGAGAGAGAAUGGGCGAGUGAACACCCUGUAACUUCCAAAUGGCUUCCAUGCGUACUUCCCCUCGUACCCCUUCGAAAAACAAAGGCAUUGCAAUAGAGAAGUCUAGUAGUGUUGAAGAAACAAAAAAGCAGUUCAACCACAAGGCAUCCUGGGAUAGUGAGUCAACCCGGAUUUUCUUGCAGCUGAUUGCCGAUGAGAUUACAAAAGGGAAUCACCCAUUCCUAGUCCUAAGGCAAACUAGGUACAAGUCGUUGGCAAAGAAAUUUGAAAAAAAAACUGGAAAAAAACAUGGGCUGAAACAGUUGAAGAAUAAAUAUAUGAGUCUGAAAAAAGAAUGGAAUGCUUGGAGGAAGUUGAUGGUUUCCAGCAAAGGAAUCUCAAGGAUUGGAUUUGACAGCGAAACUGGUUUGUUUCAGGCGUCUGAUGCGUGGUGGGAUAACAUGGAAUCGACAAACAAGGUGUGUGCAAAGUUUAGGAAAAAAACUUUGGAACACCGCAAGUUGAUGGAGACAGUCUUCACAGGGACUUCUGCUACGAGUAAGAACCAUUGGACCUCAGGAGAGACAGUAGCUGAACCUGCAACUAUUUCAUUGGAUUCAGUUGACAGCAUAGGAUUGCGGCCAUUUGUUGAUCCUAUCCCCGCAUGGGCAACCGACGUGGAUCAAAAUUCUUCAAUGGAACUAGUCGAAACUGCGAUGAAAAGGAAACAGACUUCAUUAACAAGUUGUGCAAAGUCGAAGAAGGCAACAAGUGGUGCAUCAAUUAUAGCAGAAAGGAUAAACAAUUUGACAAACGUGGUUCGGACUCAAAAUCAGCAAGUCAUUGUCAGGCACCUCAUUGGUAACGAAUCACAGUACACAAUUUCGGAAUGCAUGCAACGGCUUAGGGCCAUUUCUUCCCUUCUCGGUACACCGCUAUUCCAUUUUGCGUCGACACUGAUGGACAACGCAGAUUACCGGGAGGUGAUGAUGUGCCAGCCCGAUGACGACCACAUUAUUGGCUGGCUGACACAGAAACAGCUACAAUGCGGUGUUGCUGCGCCGUUUGCGAACCUGUUCGGGGCUCGAUGGGUGUGAUAGCAGUUCUUGCAGCUAAAUAUGGCCUUCUCUUGUCGUUGAUAAAUUUUCAUUACCGUGGAUGUUAGACUUGUAAUAAACAGGAUGGUUGUCUGUGAUAUUUUUAUUUUUUGUUUCCUUUCCCCCCCUCCCCCCACCUCUACAUACUAUUCCAUGGUUGUGUGUGGUUUUUAUGAUGGAACAGGAUGCUUCUAUCUUGUUUUUAUUAAUCACUAUGGCUGGCUGCCUUGUCAUGCUUGUUUAUUUA